CAUUCUGCCGGCGUCUUCAGUCUAAUACCGGUCUUCCGUCCUAAUGCCUCGUUCGUGUCUAUAAAGUAAACCCCUCAUAAAGCAUCGAGCCGGCGCCGCGCGAGAAAGCGUGAGGAAUCCCCCGGAUGUUGCGGUUUUCGCGGUGAAUGAGAGUGGUCGAGGAUCUUUAAAGUUUUACUCUCGCGCGCGUCGAGGGGCAGGACGGCGCGCCGCCGCCGCCGCCGCCGCCGGUAAUCCGUUUCAGUCAUUCCGUAUGCGCUCGGGCGUCCCUCGGUUGCUAGUGCUCCGAAGCUGCGAACUAACGGUGCAGCAAAGAAUCGAAAAGAAAUCGGAAUGCAGGGUCGAAAAUAGCUGAGAAGCAGAAGUGAAAAAUUUGCAUAAAAGCCACAAACGAAAGUAGAUAGCAUAGGAAUGAACAUUAUCUAAGCAUUUAAGUGGUGCGCGUUAGAUGGUAUUUAAAGUAGAAAUUGAAAGCAGUAUAAUAUUUCGAUGGUGCCGCCGGUGCUAUAAAUAUGCGAUUAAAUUUUCAACCCUCGAUUUAGAGUGCCGUUGGGGAUCCACACUUGUAUUAAUAUAAUUUAAACGUUUCUUCGCAAAUUAUGAAUUUUAUGUAGACUAUCAUAGAAAGCAAUUCGUUCGUAUUUUAUCUAUUUGAUAAAAAAGACGUAAAUAAGGGAAAAAAGGAUACGAAAGCAAAACCGGAAGAGUUGAAAGGAGUAUAUAGUGUUCAUCCGAGAUUCUGGUAGCACCCAAUUUGCGAAGGAGGACUCGGCUGGCGGAGGAAGUUUUUAAAUUCGGGUCUCGCUACCUCCUGAUAGAGGAUCCCCGAGUGGCUAUUUCUCACGGGCGAAUAGAGUCGUUUAAUUCCGUGGACUCGAAACGAGAGAACAGAAAACUGGCCGUGCAUCGGACCGCGGCUUUUUAUGAUUCAGUGCGGUGCAACGUCUUUUUUUCUCUCUCUCUCUCGGACUCGUGCGCUUCUAGCCGGCCGGGAAGUCGCACUAGGCGAAAUUACAUCGUCGGAUUUAACGAAAUUUUCACCGGCAAAAUAUUUGCACGCGGCUCCUUAGUAUUCCGGUCGUUGCUCCCGGCUUACGUUGUCGGGUCGUUUCUUCUUAAUUCCGAGAGUUCGCAAAACGAGGUCGCGUUCGACAGAAACGACUGAUGCAAAAUAUAUCGAAACAUCCAACUUCUGUAAUGUUCAAAAAGAUCGGUCGAAAGCGCGAUGACGCAACAUGUGACGACGCGACGGGUAUAACGAGGCAGACUCUUCGCUGGUACAUCGACAAUUAGAAGGAAAACAAAAGAAAAGAGAAUUGAUUGUAUUCCAGGAAUUUCUCUUUUACAAGUAGAAAUAUGUAAGAAGAUUUAAUCAAAAUAUAAUUAGCUAAAAGUAUUAAGAAAACUGAGAUACUGAACAAGAGCGUAAUAACUGAGAAAUAAAUAAAGAUGGAAAUCUUGGAAGAUAAAUUUUUCUCUUGGAACGCAUAAUACAAAAGAAAAAAGGGCAGGCCAAAGAAGAUUUAAUAACAAGUAACAGAAAAUAACUGUGCUUAAAAUGAAAGCAGAAAGCAGGAAAGAGAAGUCACUUAUGUACACGGCGUAGCCGUAAGACAACUGAGAGAGUAUACUAAUCAGCGAUAUAAAGACGAACGGACGUAUUUCAGCCGUCUAAAAACGGAUCCACUGGCAUACGCAUGCACACACAUACACACACAUACAUAGAACUACGUUAACGAAGCGCGGAGUCGAGGAGAAAGAAGAACGCGGCACAAAGGGCUUCUGCAGGGCGGCACGCAAGCAUCCUUCCGCGCGCAAGAAUGCAGGAUCAUGAUGAAUUUUACAGAAUCCUCUGCUCAUCGGAGACCGUGCGCUCCGGCAAGAAGGGAUUCUUCCACGAUUUCAGCGACUUCGUGACGCACACCGCGGGCGAUACCUGGACAUCGAAGAUAUUCGGCCGGAUCGAUGACGACGUGGGGCGGGCGAGGGCGAUCUUCACCGACGCGAAAGUGCGGGACGUCGUGGUCGACGCGCUCGGAAAGGUGCAGCCCCUUUUCAGGGACAAGGAUGCGGAGAUCUCGAGGCGCAGACGACUCGAAGGAUAUCAGCUCGCCGCCGUUGGCCAAUACGAAAAGGCCCUUUUGCUGCUCAGUCAAGCUGUCCUGCGUGCUCCGCGACCAGAUAAGAGCAAGACGGUGGAUCAGGGUCUGACGUUGCCCCUGGCGCUGCUGGGCAGAGCCGAGAUCUUUAUGGCUCUCAAAGAAUACCAUUUCGCAUUGGAGGAUCUGCGGCUGGCCGCCGAGCACGACUUACCGGAUAAGUCGAUGCAGGAGCUUCGACGCAAGAGGGAAGAGUGCGAGCGUUUCUUGAAAGGGAAUGAGAGUUCCCUGGUGCCUGUUAACUCCGCCUCUAAUAACAUCAACAAAGUGGCUCAACUAAUUUCGAACAACCAGAAAGGCGGCGGCGUGCCGUUAAAUGGCGCCGUUAAUUCCGAGCUGCGCUGGCUGUCCAACGCUCUGGAAAUCCGUGAGACCACGACAGCGGGUAAACACGCCGUUGCAACCAUGGAAAUACAUCCGGGCGAUAUUCUGAUAGUCGAGCCGCCGCUGGCGGGUUGUCUCCUACCCGAGUUCUACGGCACCCAUUGUCAGCAUUGUUACGCGAGAUUGAGAGCACCGAUCGGGUGUCCGAAUUGCAGCUGCGUCGCCUUCUGCAGCAGAGACUGCAGAGACAUUGCGAUGGCCACAUAUCACAAGUACGAGUGCAAAGUUCUGGGAUUAUUAAUAGGCUCCGGCAUGAGCGUACUCAGCAUGGUUGCCUUCCGGAUGGUGACGCAGGAGGGUCUGCGGAAGUGUUUGAAGAUCUACGAGGAGUUAAACAGGAGCAGCGAAAAGGCCGCGAUGCCUUUGGCGGCGUCCACGACGUCGACGAUGACGACGAUGACAUCGGAUGUAAAGUCGUCGGCGAACAGCAGUAGAUCAGCCAAGAGACGAGUCAGACGGAAAAAAUUGAAGGACUCUAGACGAGGCGAGGAAACCGUCGACGUGCAAAAAGAGGAGGGCGCAAAAGAAUCCCGCGACGAUGAGACUGUCGACGUAACACCGUACAAUCUCGUGACGCACGCAGAUAGACGCACAAGCAAGGAUUUCCUGGAGCGAUCGCUGAUGGCGGCCUUUCUGCUCAGGUGCCUGCAAAGAAUCGGCUUCUUCGCGCAGCCUACGCCGGACAACGAGAUCCCGGGCACCGAGGAGAUCAUCGUGGCCGCCCUGCUGCUGAGGAACCUGCAGCUGCUCCAAUUCAACGCCCACGAGUUCUUCGAGACGCGGCUGGGCGCGGAGCAUCAAUUCCACGGCAGCCGUCCGGUCUACCUCGGCGUGGCGAUUUAUCCCACGGUGGCUCGCUUCAAUCACGACUGCUAUCCCGCAGUGACGAGAUACUUCGUCGGCCGGCAUAUCGUAAUAAGGGCGGUCCGCGGUCUGCGGCCGGAUGACGUUAUUGCCGAAAACUACGGACCGAUAUUCACGAAGCGGACGCUCGCCGAGCGUCAAAGGACGCUGGCGGGUAGGUAUUGGUUCCGGUGCACAUGCAGGGCCUGCCGAGAGGAUUGGCCGCGCUUUGAGAAUCUGACGAACGACUCCGUCAGGCUGAGGUGUCCUACGGCAGGAUGCAGCCGACUGCAUUCGCGAGCCCAGCAGCGGCCGGGUAAGCUGAUAAAAUGUCUGGGCUGUCAGAAGAAAAUCUGCUUGGAGGAUCGGCUCGCAUGUCUGCGAGAGUGCGAGGCGCUCUACGAACGUGGAUUGGCCAGCAUGCAGGACGAAAGGGUCGACGAGGCGAUCGGGACGCUGUGCGACGCUCUGAAGAGAUUUCACCAAGUCGCCUAUCCACCACACCGGGACACACACCUGGCCGAAAUUGCUUUAAGCUCCUGUCUGGCUGACUACGGGAAUACUUGGCGACCGGCGGCGGCACUUAGAAGCGCGUAGAAGGAGAAGGAAACUGCCGCCGGAACUUGGACAGAUCCCGAUAUGCAAGCGACGUUCUUGUGUGAUACUGUACAUAUGCCAUCGCAUGCGGCAAAAACUGCAUACAAACUGCCGAAUCUGCACAGUGGUUGCGUGCUCACGUAUUGUAUAUAUUACAUAUCCGGAUUAAAGGAUAUUUUCAAAUCCGACACAACCCGUUGAGUCUUUUCAACAUUUGCUGUGGAGAAAUGCGCGUAACGAUUGCUGUCUUACAACGACGUAGCCGUUUAUUCUCGAGAGCGCAACGCAAAUACACUGGAAAUACGCCAAGAGUUUGAAUUAUCCAGGAUUAUUCUGUAACUCAGCAUUCUUCGGUGCAUCUAUUCCCGCGUAUCGGUGUAAAAAUUCUCAAGGAAAACCUGCAAGUUUAAGGCGAAGAGACCCUCCGAAAGCAGAUUCCGAAAUCAAAGGCGACGUAUUCCCCGUGCGCACAGACUCGCUAUUCGUAGAUAAUGCACUUCGCAGUCGAUAGAUCCAAAAUUUAACGUAUUGUUAAACCAUGUCCGGCGAGAGCAGCUCGAUGCGCGCACACGUGUAAUUUAUAAUUCAUAAUGAUGAAUCUGUAAUAUAUAUCGAAGCGCCGGACCCGUUGUGUCAAUUAUGGUACCCCGGUACGUACGGUUACUGCUGAUCGUUGUUGUAUGAGAUUAACGCCGGGACGGAAAAUUAAUUUAUAUACCCCCGCGAAAGGUGAUUAAGUGCCGCCGUAAUGCCGGUAUUAUUGGAAAUUCUCCAUGACGGGAAUGCAUUAUACCUAUAACUUCUCCGGAGGGCUUCGAUUAACAUCAUCGCGCGUGAAAUUGCGCGUAUAUGAAAUGCGUACGUACAAUUCCGCCCCGCCGAGAACUCAUCAAUCACAUUGCUUCAGAGAUUCUUUUCCGGCGGAAAAAUAAACAGCAAAUUAAAUAUUUGAUUUAUAUAGGCAGCAACGAAUUUGCAGCAUUUCAUUUGCGUUCGUGCAGUUUUAUUUGGAGUGCGCUGUGUGAAUUUUCCGGAAUUUUAUGAAAGAUAAAAUGAGAUGCGGAUAAUUGAAUAAAAUCUAUCGACGUAUUUACAUUUCCGUGAUUAAUUUUAAAAUUUAAUUUUUGUGCUUUCUCGUCCGUCACUCUUGAAUUCUCUCCUGCUCUUAAAACCACUCGACCCGUGCAAUCGGAAUCAUUGUUAUGUGUAAUUGUAAAUUUCUUGCUAAUAUUUUUGCAAUCGCGCGCUCUCAAAGUGUAUUGUUUAUAAUAAUAAUUAUUUACAUGAUGAUAUUUAAUAGAGAGGCAAGGAAGAGGAAUAAACGGGGAAUCGAAGUAAACAAAACGCACAUUUAAUUUAUAACUUUUGCAAUUUUUUUGGUAGAUUUAUUUUUUAUAAUGCACAUGUUUCUCGUGAAAAAAUUAAAUUCCGUGUAUGAAAUUAGCAUUUAGUGUUUCACGUUUCGGUACAAAAUUUAUUAUGGGGAAGGGGCAGUCGACGGACGACUUUAUCUCGGGACACGCUCGGACGACGACAACGACAACGUCGUGUCCGGCGUCCGUCGAAGUCUUUUGAUAGAUUUUCUCGUCUUUCUUUUUUUUUUCUUUUGUCUCUCGAAAGUUGAACGUCUCCUCGAUCGGGAUUUCGGUUCUUUUUCCCCCAGUUUUUGCUUUUCCUUUUUCACUCUCCGUCCGCGUCGCCGUGUCUUUUUCUCUCGCGAUAUAUAUAACUCGAGUAUCGCCUUCACUCGCGUGAAACUCGAAUCGGAUCUAAUUGACUGUUGCGACGCGAUACUCUUUUUUUUAUUGCGAUUAUUUUUCGCCGGUGGAUACGACGCGAAUACACGACGGAAAUUUCGAGCGAGAAAGGGCGCGUCGCAGCAACCCCUCCUUUCACGAAACAUCCUCUCCUUCCUCCGAGAGGAAGGUUGAAUUUUUUGUUAGUUUUUUUAACUGUUAGCGGUGACUCAAAUUUCCGCUUUCUCGGCGAGAAGAACCGAAAAACACCGAUGACAAAACUUUGCAAUACAAUACCGACCAUUAAUUCGCGAGCGUGAAAUUCGCGACGCGAAAGCAAUCUGCACGCGAUCGGACACUUUGCACAUCAAAUAAUUUCGACCAAAUACAAAUCGAUAUUUAUCUCUAAUUGUGAAAAUUAUUCGGCACGCAAAGUACCGGCUUGCGGAGAUCGCCUCCCCGUCGUCUAGAAUUCGGCGAAUUUUCCGCAAAGAGUUGCGAGAUUAAUGGGCGGCGCGCGCGCGCGCGCGAUGCUUGGUCGCGAAUCGAAUUUUUCCUGUGAACAUUUCGCGUCACCCGAUCGUAAGUCAUCUUUCAACUUUUAUUAACGAACACGUAUACACACGCUUUGUGACCGAUCACGAUUGACUGGCGACUGUGUCAAAAAUGUUUCGACGACAGCGAUAACUCGCACGUCAAAAUCACAAAUGUUAUUUUUUUUUUUCUUUUUUGGUUUACUACCUUAGGUGUGUGUAUAUUUUUUCUUUUUUUUUAUCGCGUGUAAGUUCAACUGCUGGAUUCGUUUUCUUUCUUUUUUGGCUUUAUACGGCUUUUGUUCUUUUUUUUUAACUCGGAUAUUCACUGUUAACACAUGCAUUGUUCUUUUUUUGCAGACAGUUACGUUUGCGCGUCCGUUCGGAGCGCCGCUUGAAAUUUUUGCUUGUUCCGCGCCUCUCUCCCGCUGUUUCGAGAGGCCUCUUUUGGAUUCUUUUCUUUUUUUUUAAAUUUCUUUCUCUCUACCAUGUUUUUGUGGGGGACGCGCGGUUACGUUAGACAACGGAGAGUGAUUACGUUAACGCGGCCCGAAGGGUCGCCCGAAGAGUCGCCGUGUGAUUUUUGUCCUAACCGGACGCGGAUUCCCGGUUUAAUAGAAGAGCGGAAGAAUGCGCGACGAUCAAUGCAUCGCGCGUCCGCCGAAUUCUUCCUCGCAGAAUCCAAUAAAAAAGAGAAAAAGAAAAAAGAUAUCUCGGCGACCAUCGACGCGACUUCGGGAUCGGCACUCGAUUAAAGGCCUCGCUUAUUUCUUACUACGUUUGCAAAAGUGAAAAUAACGCGCGUCCGCGUAACGUAACCGCGCGUUUGUCUCUCUCUCCACUUGACACUCACGCACACACUCUCUUUUUUUUUUUUUUCUCAUUGAUCAUUACUCCCCAAAACCGUCUCGCUACUUCUGCUAAUCGGAUGUUUCCACCUCGAUCUUUCCGUACACAAAACAUAGAUAUUAUGCAACUUUUACGAAGACUCAACACACUUUGGGUUUGCGGCCUAACAAACGCUACUUCACAAACGGAAUGUGACGGGAUAGUGAGACACAAUAGAAGAUUAUCAGGUGGUGUAUACGGUAAUAUCUUGGACGUUUCUCUACCUGGCACCUGGGCGGGCAACGACUACCGCGCGCUGACGGCAAAAAUCUAUUCGCGAACAACUUCGAAUGUGUAUUUAUUAAACUAGCGUGUAUAAAAUGCACGCUGACGCAUCUCUGGCGAAGAUAUGCAGUUCCGUAUACAUUUUAUACGUGCCAAUACACUUAUAAAUACAUAUUCGCGAAAUAAUCGAAUAUUCGAUUAUUUCUCACUCGCGUAUUUAUUUUGCGCGACGCUGAUCGUUUCUAAUCGACGAGCACAAAAUUACAGAUGACGGAAAACAGUAACAUCAUGUAACAUCGACAGGCUACAUCCAAACGAUACGAGAAACGUUUGAAGAAGGUAUCUCCUCUCACAGAUCUUUGUACCGUCUGGAUGUAGAAUUCAACGGAAGAGAAAUGUCAAUCAAAUCAGUUUGGCCCAAUAUAAAGAUAUACUUCAAUUUUGUAAUUUUUUUCUUAAAGAAAGACGUAUAUAUUUAUUUGAUUAUCGUCGACGAUACUACAAACUAAAAUUUUAAAAAUUAGUUCCAUGCAAAAUUAUAUAAAGUUUGUUUUCUCUCUCUCUCUUGUUCUCUCUCUUCUCUCGUACUCUCAUGACAGUCUACGGUAUUCGUAUUGUCAAUCGAGCCGAUGUGUGUGAUACGCCCGGCUCUUGUUCCGAAUAGAGUCAAAUUGAGUCGAUUGCCGUAUGCAUGGGGUCAGUAGCUUAAUAAGAAAAACCGGCCUGCACGAUCACUCGACGUCAAUUUCAGAAAAGACCGGACGAUUUACUCACGAUUUAUUUUGACUAGCGAUUAGUGAUUAUUACUGUAUUGACGGAUUAAUUACGGAUAAGAUGCAGAUUGUGCAAAAUUUUAUGUUAGGCGCCUGCUUCAUUUACGGUUGGAUCAAAACGCAAUCCAAUGCGAACAAACUAUUAGCAAGUCCUGAAAAGAAGUCAAACUGCGCCUCGAUGCUCUGUAACACCAAAAUCUUCACCCUCCCACAUUAUACGUCGAAAACGUAUAAUAUAAAAAUAUAAAGGUUUUGGUGUUACAGGCCAUUGAAGCGAAAUUUGAUUUUUUUUCAGAACUUGAUAAUAGUCAGAACUUGAUAAUAAAAACGAGGUUUGCGAAAUCAGAGCAUUUACGUUCAAAAUCAAUACGUGCAGCACCGCAAAAUCAAGUUUUCAAAAUGAGCGGUGCUAAAUGCACUCUAAAGAAAAGGCUGACUGUUUCUUUCAAGAAAUUGUUAAUAGUUUUCUCGGAUCAAGCGCAUGAGCAACAGUCAGCCUUUUCUUUAAAGUGCAUUUAGCACCGUAUCAACCGUAAAGAUGUAGCCUUCGUAAAUCUGAAAUCCCACAAGGCUCGCCUUCCUAUGUCCAAUUAAUACAGCAAAAUCAGUACAAUAAUAAUCGCUAAUCAUAAUUCGCUUCGCCGGACCCACCAGGGGCCAGUAUCGACAAUUGUUUGCUACAAUCAACUGUAAAAAUACGGCCAAGAUAAAUGCUAGUAUAAUAAUCGUUUCUGCUUAUGACAAAUUGUAAAGUGUAAGAAAAUUUAGAAUCAAUAUCGUAUCAUUAUCCUUGAGGCACACACACACACCCCAAUGCUGUAUUUACGCUUAUCAAUCGCAAUGUAAUUACGCAUGUAAGAGUGAAAGCAAUACGGCAGUUCGUCGAUUUCGAGAUACAAGCCGAAAGGAAACGAAUGACUUCGAGACAGGCAAAAAUUCAAGUGAAAUUCGUACAUCAUCACGUAUAAAUCACGUAUAAAUCACGUAUAAAUCACGUAUCGGUUUUCGCUAUUUGCUUUUGAUGGAAAAAA